GGUGGUCGGACGAUUUUACCAGAGGGAUCAGAAACGGCACUUCCGUCUCUGGUAGUGGUGUUUUCUAGAGUUUAAAGCUGUGAAAUUUCCAGAAAAUCCAUAUCCUAAUCACCUAUUUUUUUUUUCGGGAGUUGUUUCUAACCGACAUAGUGAUCUGCGGCUUGAGCAGCGGACAGACCUGUGCUUGUGGUCGGUGUUUAGUAAUGGUGUAAUCCGGAACGCUUUCUUCAGAGACAGCAGGUCCGAGAGCGGAGCAGGCAUGCUGACGUUGGCAAGCAAGCUGAAGCGGGAGGACGGAGUGAAGGCCGGCCGCGCCGCCAGCGGGUCAUUGGACUCGGCGCACAGGGUGUCCAUACGGGACCGGCUGCUGGUCAAAGAAGUUGCAGACCUUGAAGCAAAUCUUCCCAGUACCUGUAAAGUGAAUUUCCUCGAUGUCAACAAGCUCCACCACUUUCAACUGACCGUCACCCCAGAUGAGGGCUAUUACCAGAGUGGAAAAUUCCUGUUUGAAAUAGAUGUCCCUGAAGCGUAUAACAUGGUGCCUCCGAAAGUGAAAUGUUUGACUAGAAUAUGGCAUCCAAACAUCACAGAGACAGGUGAAAUCUGUUUAAGUUUACUGAGAGAGCAUUCGAUUGACGGCACAGGCUGGGCCCCGACCAGGACACUAAAGGAUGUGGUGUGGGGGCUCAACUCCUUGUUCACUGAUCUACUGAAUUUUGAUGACCCACUGAACAUUGAAGCAGCAGAACACCAUCUGCGCGAUAAGGAGGAUUUUCGGAGUAAAGUUCAAGAUUUUAUCAAGCGCUUCGCCAGAUGAUGACGGCGGUCCCGCGUGUCCAGGCCUGUGGACCUCACACUGCACAACCGAAUCUCCGCUCUCCCCCCCCCCCGGACCUGUUGUGCCGCCUCUGCAGACGCUGAAACGAAAGAAAGAAAAACCGAAAAACACUCCUCUGGAUUCCGGAUCCUGCCGAGGCUGCCGACAGCGUCCGGCUCCCAGGAAUCGGCAUCCCAGCAAUCCGACACAAACCUCGAGGUGUCUUUGGUCACAGGGAGAUCUUUGUGCACGGAGCGAGCUGCAGUGUCUUUGGGUAUCAGCAUCACGUUUUGCUUUAUUUAAAACCAGGAGAAAAAAGGAUAGACCCCCACCACCCAUGUUUUUUCCAGUACCUCAUCUUGCCAACACCAGUCUCAGACAGUAGCAGGUCUUGCCCCCCACCGAGGAAAGACUGCUUCUGUUUUACUUCUGUUUAUAGCAUGUGCUCGGCAGGACAACAGGAGAAUCAAGUCGAGCCACGCUGCAGGUUUAUGAUUUAUAGUUCGUUCUCGCGCACAGGGGGAGAAAGCGAAAGCUCGGAUCUCCAGGAAAGCUUGCCUUUCACACAGCAGCCCCUUAUAGUCAUGGCUUUCCGUCUCGCACGGAGUCAUUCACGACACAAAUGCCUGAAUCGCUGAAUCGAAUGUCAUUCAUGGCCUGUCAAAGCCAAAAGCGUGCCCCAGGGCCAUGGACCUCCAGGUGUAGAAGUCCGCCAGAAUCGCUGGCGACGGAUGUAAUGCAGUGCAGCUGAACUCUUAGCGUGUGGAGGUUCCAGCCGCACAUCCGAAUGCUCUCCGCUCGUCCCCCGGCGAGCAGGGGCGGGCGGCGGGAGGGCGGGUCCGCUCCUGCCAGCAGGGGGGGGGGUGUGAAGGGCGAGUCCUGCUCUGUGCGCUGAGCUGCAUGAGGGAGCCCUGGCGGGUCAGUGGCCAUGCAGCACGGGUUGCAGCGGUGCGUCAGGUGCCUGUGUGGCUGGUGAGGGUCUAUCCCUUUAUUUAUCUUCUUUCAUCUUUCUCAGAGUUGUAUAUCCAUUUUAUAAAAAAUAUAUUAAAGAAAUAUAAUAAA